AUGGCGCAGACCGACGAAGGAAGACCGGCCGCGGAGCCUCCAGCGCCUCCAUCUAGCUUACCCACCCAAAUGAACAGAGAGCCAUCGCAACAGGAACUCGAAGUCGCCCAGCAGCUUAUUGAGCAUUCUCAAGGCGUACCCAGUCAUCAACCGGCGCGCGAAUCUCAUGCUUUUGCUGCUGUGAACUCCGAGUACGCUCAGCGUGGCGAAAGCGAACAGCGGGAGGAUGGUGUGCAGGAGGCACAUCACGAUCUUGGAGAGAGUUUGCGAGCCUACAAUAUGGGUCAGAGGUACCCUAGUCCGUCGAGUGUCCAGCUUCCCCAGCCAGAGGCUCAACAGCGGCCGCCGCCACCUGCGACUACGCCGGGUGGACAGAUGUGCAGCAACUGCGGCACGAUUCAUACACCAUUAUGGAGAAGAUCACCUACUGGCGCCGUGAUCUGCAACGCCUGUGGACUCUACUACAAGGCGCGGAACCAGAUGCGACCAGUCGCGUUGAAGCGCGGCAGUGCAGCUCCCGCCCAACAACCUGAAGGCCAGGCGCACGAUAGAAACACGCCGCCUAGCUCAGUCCAGGGUGGCGCAACUUACGUAUCGGUCGACCAAAGCACAGCUGGUACCUGUCCUGGCGGUGGCCGCUGCAACGGCACCGGAGGUCACGAAGGAUGCAGUGGCUGCCCUGCAUACAACAAUCGCAUCUCAAAGACAGCACAGUUCGCUCUCCAGCAGGCAGACGGAGGCGCCCAGACUGUGGGCAACGGCGCAACUCCACCUCAACAGGCAACACCGGCCCCUUCACAAGCCACGAAUGUGGUCAUCGCGUGUCAAAAUUGCGGCACUACCAUCACACCCCUCUGGCGACGAGACGAAGCUGGUCACACCAUCUGCAACGCAUGCGGUCUCUACCACAAACUCCACGGCUCCCACCGCCCCGUCGGCAUGAAGAAGGCAGAGAUCAAACGUCGAAAACGCGUCGUGCCAGCGAACGUACAGCAACAGCACAAUCCACAGAACAGUCCGUACCAGAGCGACAUGACAGAUGACGACCAAGCAUAUCCUUCAGACUCACAGUCAUCGAUACCGCAUUCAGCGCCUACAGCACAGAUGCACGACAACGCCCCCUAUCAGCGACCACCAUCCGGGCCCAUACCUGUCGACUUUACAGAUUCGUUUCGCGCUAUUAACGCCCCGCGACCUUAUCCGUCCGAGUCUGCAGUGCCGCGGAAACGUUCUUUCUCAGCCAGUGCUCCAGGCGGCGAAGACUACCCCUACCGCCAUGCGCAGAACAAACGGACCCCGCCGCGAGAUGAAAACAUUGAUCCCACCUUGAACGGAUCAUCAGCAGAGUCUAUGUCGAAAGAUGCGAAACGCGCCGAGCUCCAGCGAGAAGCCGAGGAGUAUCGGAGAAGGAUGGAGGAGACGCAGAGGCAGCUUGCUGAGCUUGGCGAUUAA